AUGUGUUUUGUCGCCUUCUCUGCUAUCACGAGUUGGGGAGAUUACACUGACGUAUCUCAGGCCCUACUCUUGUAUUCUCUGUUGACUUCCUGCCUGUAUGUAUUCUGCUGGCUUGGAAGUGAGCUGUCAGAACAGGCUGAAAGUGUUAGAGACGCAGCCUGGGGUUGCGACUGGGUGGGAACUCCUGUCCCGUUCCAGCGCUGUCUGAUCUUCAUCAUCGCCGCGGCCAACAAGGAGUUUACACUCACGGCUGACAACUUUGUUCCUGUCUCCAACAAGACCAUGAUGAAUAUGAUGAAUCAAUCAAUAUCUUUCUUCAUGUUCCUUCUCCACAUGAAAGACAAGAACAGAGACUCUAAUCACGGAGUAUAAUAUUACGAAAAAAUGUAUGUGAAGUAGAGCAUCAGAAAUUGUUAGCAAGGAUUAUGAAGUCUU